AGCUGACAGUAGUCGGAUGCAUGUUUUAUAAAACUUUAACACAGGAUUGUUAUUUAUGGUUAACCUCUCGACUCAAUUAAUGAUUUAUAUUGUGUGCAGAGAAAAUGGAGUAAAGCACUGUUCUAAGUGAAUUAUAAUCAAACAGACUGUUGACUGUGUCUGCAAAAUUUAUGAUCUAAUCAGAGGACCAUUUUCUUAUGAAGUUUUAAUUUAAUUUUGUGUGCAAGUUCAUGAAUUGUGUUCUGCAGAGAUAGAUAAUAGAAACAUCACAUUUGAAUUGUUUAAAUUUUUUAAAGCUAUAAUUAUAAAAGUAUUAAGAUUACUUUUAUCUGGAAUUAUUUAUGUAUAGCUAGUUAUUAUAACAUCUUUUUAAGUUAACCUAAUAUUGAACAAUAAAUGUUUAUAACAUUACACUACAUGGAUAUUUAUAUUAUAUUAAAAUCUGCGUACACUUUAAUCUUGUUUCAUGAUACCCUUAUGUAUGAAAAUGUAUUGAAAGUAAAGGAUAGUUUAGUUGCUUUGUAUUUUUAAAUAGAAAACACAAUUUUUGCUUGAAAGGAAUUGCAAUAAUGAUAUCGUAAUUGAUGACAAACUGGUAUCUUAAUUGUUUAUCAAUUUGAAAUAUUGCAAAAACAUUAUAACAUUGUUUGGAAUAAAUUUGCAAGAUAUAGAUAGAGCAGAAAGGUUGAAUGAUAUUAACAUUUAUAUUAUGAUGAAUUAAUUUUUCUGUGCUACUGAUUCUGAAAGGUGUUAUGGAGUUAUAUUCUAAUAUACUGUUAACUGUAUGGUGGUGUUGUUUAUUUGUUGGAGGAACGGAGAUUUCACAGCUGACUCCAUGUUCGGCAAAAAUUGACGGGAAAAUAAUCAGCUUACAAUAUAUCAAACACAGUCUAAAUGGGAAAUAUGGUGAAGAGCCUAACCAAUGGAAUUAUACUUACAACCCUUGUUUUAAGUUCAGCAAACCGGAGCGAGCCAAUGACGGGUUUGGUGAUAAAUGCUUGGCUGUAUCGUUAUGUAAGUAUGGUCGGCAAAACAAGAGAGAGUAUUAUUACACUUUGGGUUUCCAUGGCGAUGCUGAAUUUGUUGCUCAGAAUGAUGGCAAUAAUACAAAUGUGUUGAUCUAUUAUGAUGGAUUUAGGUCCAUGAAAGGUAAACAGACGUAUGUUAGACUAAUCUGUGACAGGGAGAGAUUACUACCAGAUCAGGCAAGGUUCACUGUGCUCAAAGAUAUGAAAGGUCUAGGAAAUGUGUAUGCAACAUUAGAGCAUGUAAGCUGUUGUCCGGAUGGAUACCUUCAAAUGGAAGACACUGACCAAGAUGAACACCUGUCCAAUUUUACCACAAACAAUAGAUCAAAUAACACUGAGUCAGAUGUUGCAGUGCUGCAGGAUGACAAAGUUGCUACAGACAGAACAAAGGUGAUGAUCAUAGUUGGCGUAAAUGUUGGCAUUAUUUUUGUUGCUGGAUUCAUCGGGUUUAUGUGUUACAACAAGAGAUCCCAUAUUGACUUUUAUAGCAAACUUCCAGGAGUUCGUACUGUACCAGAUCCAACACUGUGGCAUCUAGAUGAUGAUGAACAAGUCGGUUCAGGCCGGAUCAGUUCCGCUGCCCACCCAGGUCGUAUGUUGUCAUCUUCAGUUAAAUCUGAUUUCAGAGAUGGGGCUCCAAGUACUAAAAGGAAGUCAGUGUGUUUUCCUGUCCUGGAGCAUUGUGGGAUACCAGAAGAUUGUUUGUCUUUAGGUCAAAGACUUGGUGGGAGUAUAUUUGGCGACACUUAUAUAGCUAAAUGGACGGGUAUCACUGUAUCUGUAAAACGUAUCACACUGAGUGUUCAUAAAUACCAGAUUGAUAAGGAAAACAUAGGGCAGCUAAAAGCUCAAGUUUCCUUCCUCAGUCAGCAGAGACAUAGAAAUAUAGUUGCUCUACUAGGAUACUGUGCCGAGUCCACGCACCCAUAUAUUAUAUCUGAAUAUAUAACUGGACAAAUUCUGAAAGAUUUCAUCAAAACAGCUGGAGAACAAUUAACAUGGCCUCAUAGAGUUAAAAUUUUAUCACAAGUGGCUGACGGUAUGGCCUUCCUACAUUCAACCCAACCUCCUAUACUCCAUAGAGAUCUUCGUUGUGGAAAUUUGUUUAUCACAAACAAUGACGUUGUCAAGAUAUGUGACUUUGGCAUUGUGAAUAUAACACAACCUUUGAGGACAGGCUGUCAACUAGAGGACUGCUGUUGUCAAGGUCUGUAUAGUGCCUGUCCACCAUGGAUAGGUUGGACUGCACCAGAAGUGUUGGAACAUCCCAACUCUCAGGAGAACGAGGGGUAUAUUACCACAGCAGCAGACGUGUAUUCCUACGCUGUGGUCAUGUGGGAACUUGUUUUAUGUGAUGAUCCAUAUGAGGAGAUGAAUACUGCUCAAGAGGUGAUUGAUUAUGUAACAUCAGGUGGUAGACCAGAAGUGCCACAAGGUACCAAAAUACUGAGGCCAUACAACUUGCUAAUGACAAAAUGUUGGGACAGUACUGUCGCUGAAAGACCAAGCUUUAAACAGAUAACUGUUCAACUAAAGGAAAUUCUACAUCAAGCCAAAAUGUUUCAGAAAGAUUUAAGUCAGCGUAGCAAUAGAAGACGAACAAGCUCCAAAUCAAUGCGUGUAAGUUUUACGGAAAAUAAUGAAAAUGCCUAGUUGCAUGAAAUACUUUAGAUCUGUGUAUGGGAUGUGACAAGGCAAUCAAACUGAUGUGUGAGAUAUAGGAUUAAGAAUAAAUGCCAGAAAAAAAAAAACAACAGAA